UUGAUAAAAUUAAGUAAAGCCCAGGGUCCAUAAAUCACAGGCAAGUAUAUGUUUUUUCAAGAUAAGCUUGCUCAGUUCCUUGAAAAUAUGAUCGGUUAACUCAAGAAGUGAGAAAGAAAGAAGGACUUUGAUCUCGUGCUCCGCUCGUUUACUUAAAAGCCCGUCUCUUCCCGGCUGCUCCAUCAGACUCAGAAUCUUACUUCAGCCUUUAGACAAAUCAGCAGAGAUGGCAAAUGUAGACAAACUCAUUGACCACAUAGGAGACUUUGGGCCUUUUCAGAAGAAGAUUGUUACGCUUGGUUCAAUUCCACUGAUAUUUUUUGCAUUCACACUUGUCGGGGUUGUUUUCAUUGGGCACACUCCAGAUCACUGGUGUUGGAGUCCUGGAUCCGAGCUCCUCCAGGAGCAAUGUGGCUGGACCGAUUUGGAGGUGCGAGAAGUCACUGUUCCCCAGUCCGAACAGUCGGGACCCUUCAGCAGCUGUCAGAGGUUUGAAUUGGACUGGAGCAAAAGCCAGAACAAAUGCAAUGAGCUUGACUGGCUGACGGCUCAUAAUGCAACCCAGCUGGUGCCUUGUGAUGGCCGGUGGGUGUUCGAUAAAAGCCACAGCACGAUUGUUUCUGAGUUCUUAUUGAUCUGUGAGAAAUCCUGGCUCGCUGAUUUGAAUCAAGUUUUCCUGGCAUUUGGAUAUUUUAUUGGCGCUUUUGUCACUGGCUACUUGGCUGACAGGUUUGGCAGAAAGCCCUGUUUUAUUGCGUCGAUGGUUGGCCUUGGUAUCUCAGGCAUAGGGGUAAUGCUGUCGCCAUGGUACCCGCUGUUGCUUGUCUUUCGGUUUGUACAAGGGUUUUGCGGAAAGGGAGCAUGGACGGCCACCUAUGUGCUUGUGAUAGAGUUCUUUGGAUCAAACAACAGAAAGUUUGUGUCCAUGGUGAGCCGGACUUUCUACUCCAUCGGUAUGGUCAUCCUGCCAGGUCUGGCUUACUCCCUGUCCUCCUGGAGGACUCUGCAGAUGAUCAUGAGUCUUCCCUGCAUCCUGUUUAUCUUUUACCACUGGAUUGUUCCAGAAUCUCCACGUUGGCUGUUCGCACAAAAAAGAACUACAGAGGCCUUGAAAGUUGCUGCGGAAAUUGCAAAAUGCAACGGGAGAUCUUUACCACAUAAUCUUCCAGAGAUACUUCUUCAGGAAGAAAAGAAAGUUGUGAAUCAUGUAUCCGUUGUGGAUUUGUUUAGGACACCAAGUAUAAGAAAAAACACACUAAUAUUAAUUUAUGCUUGGUUUACCAGUACCAUUGUGUUUCAAGGCCUGAUCUUGCGGCUUGGGAUCACAGGCGACAACGUCUUCUUGGAUUUCUUCAUCUCUGCUGCGGUGGAGCUCCCCACCGGCCUCAUCUUCUACCUGCUGGUCGACAGAGUCGGCCGACGCUGCCUCCUGUCCAUCGCAAACUUAACCGGUGGCAUCGCCUGCCUCGUUACCCCCUUCAUCUCCUCGGAUUUUUCCUGGUUGAAAAAGUCGGUGGUGAUCCUUGGGAGGCUUGCUGUUGCCAUUGGAUUUGAGACCUUGAACUUUGCAAACACAGAGUUGUAUCCAACAUCUUUGAGAAAUAUGGGUGUCUCAGUGUGCUCUUCAGCCAGCGACUUUGGAGCAAUUGUGGCCCCAUUUCUGCUCUACAGACUGGCCAGUAUCUGGCAGGAUCUGCCUCUUUUACUUUACGGUGUGAUGUCGGUGCUGUACAGCGGAUUGGUGACAUGGUUGCCAGAGAUGAGCGGAGUCGCCCUGCCAGAUACCAUAGAGGACGUGGAGAAUCUAGAGAGAGGGAAAGACAAGUCCAAGGAUGCAGAGGGCUUCCUUUUAGGAUUGAAGCCUUAAAGACCUGGAACAUUACUGUAUUAUUUUGUUGUACAUAUUUUCUAAUAAGUAAAUAAAUCCUGUGAAAAGACCAAAACCAACAGAAACCAAUCCUACUAACAAGAAGAUCCUAUGGAUCAGUAUCAUAAGUAGAAAAGUCCAAAAGGUUUGUCUGACAUCAACUGCUACAACACACCAUGCACUUGUUUCCAAAAGUCAAAUGACAUGCACAUAUCAACUCGAAGCAACCCUAUAAACUGUACAAGGACGUACACUACAGUAUGUGGCGCUACAGCAGCAUGCUAAAUUUAAAUGGACAUAACUCCAGAGCGGAUUGUUCAUCCUCCAGAAAUCAUGGCCGCAUCAGUCAAUUCAAAGUUUUUCUUUUAUACUAUUCAUAAAAUGCUUUUCUUAUAUAACAAAAUGUGGAAGAUUUAUGUAACUUUGACACAGCACUCUCUGAGUUCUUUCAAUUUCAUAAUGCAAAUAAAAAGAAUUAUGC